CUAUUUUUCAAGACUACUAAACGAUGUUACAGUUAAAGAAUUACUCUCUUGUUGCAUUAUGUUGUAUUAUAUUGAAUGCUGUCUUUUCUUGUUAUUGUAUUAGUUAUUUUAAACCACCUUCGAAUCGUAAGGCCCAGAAACCUCGAUUUUUACCAGUCGGCUGUAAUUGGCAGUAUAAAAAAUGCAAAGAAUUAGGAUUUCAAAUGAUGAACAUCUGUAUUCCAAAAAAACCUGAGAAGUAUCGAAAUAUUCCAAAAACUUUGGUGUAUGUACCAGGGGACGGAAAUUGUUUCUUUAGUGCUCUUUCUUACUGGAUAAGUGGUACAGUCAAGAAUGGUCAAGUAUUGCGUGAGAUGAUAGUCAACUAUAUGAAAGAUUCCAAUUCAUUUAAACUAAUGACAAAGGAAGAGGAACGAGAAACCCGUAUUUCAAAAAUGUACAACACAUAUGAGUAUGCAGAAUCUCCCGAAAUAGCUACAGCAGCUGAAUUUUUAGAUAUAUCCAUAUAUAUUUACACUUUAUAUCCUCUGAUGGGAUGGCACUUUAUUAGCAAAAAUGGAAUUGUUAACAAAGACGAGAAUGAAAGAUGCUUAUACUUGCUUAAUGAUAGAGAACAUUAUGAUGUUGUGAUAGAUGUAUUUCCAAAUAGAAAAGCUCGUCAGCCUGAAGAUAUUUUAAGAAAAAUGAACGAGUAUUCUGAUUACAAUAUUCCUAUAGACUUUUCAAAUCAAUCUAUUAGUAAAUCUAAAACCAAUUCGUCAACAAAAGAAACAAAACAAAACAAAACUCCUCAACCUGUUCCUCAAACAACUAAAGAUAAUCAGAAGCUUCAAAACUACACCAACGAAGAUUUUGAAAAUUACAUAAAACAAGUAAAAAACAGAAUACGUACUGAAGAAAUAGAACAGCAACGUUUAGAUAAACUGAAUGGUAACAGCUAUGAGGAAAUAUCAAAAAACUUCAUCGAAAAAUUUCAUCGAAAGCAAUCUGUAGAUGAAGAUCAAGUACAACCAACUAGUCAAUUUAACGAAAUACCAAUAGAACAGGAUUCCAAAUCAAAGAAGAAAGAUAUUUCAUUAAACAAAAGACGUGAUUCCAAAUCAAAGAAGAAAGAUAUAUCAUUAAGCAAAAUUCGUAAUAACAAACCAAAAAAGAAAGACAUAACAUUAAGCAAUGACAACGAACAUGUUAAUAAUGAAUAUAUUGAUGAACGCAUGGUACAGAAUAACGGUCAGCUCUACGUACCUGAUAUACCAUUGCAUCAAAAUUACAGAACACCAGAACAUGUUAAUAAUGAAUAUAUUGAUGAACGCAUGGUACAGAAUAACGGUCAGCUCUACGUACCUGAUAUACCAUUGCAUCAAAAUUACAGAACACCAGAUUCCAAACAAAAGAAGGAAGAUAUAUCAUUAACCCAAGAACUUGUACAAUUUACUGAUGAUUUUUUUAAUGUUGGCAUUGAACAGAAUUACCCAUCAGAAAUCAGAAAUCAAACCACUAAAAGAGUGGGAACAUCACAAAAGGAAGACACUUCUUUUAGUCUUGAUUUCUUUUAUCGUAUACAUCAUUGGACAAAUUACCAAUAAUAAUUACAAAUAAAAUAUAUUAAUAAUAUGAAUUGAAAUAAUAAAUUAUUUGUAACAAUUAAACCUGAAGUAAAAAAAAGUAUAACU